GUCACAUGGAAGCGCGGUAGCCGAGCUGAGGGGAUGCGAGCCGAGAUGGAGGGGGCUUAAGGGACCGAGGAGCUGAAACGUGGCAGUCGGAGAUAAUUUUGGAGUCGCAUCAUCAUCAUCGCAGCAGCAGCAGCAGCAUCAGAUAAGGAUAAGGAUAAAGGGGGGGACGCGGACGCGCAGGUUGAGCUCUUCCCAGCCUCCCCUCUUGGCUGGGGGUGCGCGGACAGGAUGCCACAUGAAGUGCGCUGCAUCCCCGCUCUGUGAAGCCCGUGAAGAAGGUCUGGCGGUGAUUAUGCUCGCAGGGAGCUUGAGUCAGUCCGAGGGGAAGCAGAACCUGAAGGAAGCGACCGGAGCCGAUGCUGCGCCUCUCCAAACCUCUGAGCUGAAUCCCAGUGACACCGUGGCACUUCGCUGCGUGCAUGAGUGUAAGGGUGUAAGUGUGUGUGUGUGUGAGAGCAAGUGAGCGCCAGCGCUCCCACAUGGCCUCCAUGCAGGACGGGCUGAACUUCACGGCUCCUCCCUACGGCAAGGUCCUGCUGCUGGGCGCUAUCGCUGCUGCCUCAGCCUUUGUUGUUACCAUCCUCAUUGUGGUUCUCUGCGUGGGCUGCCAGAGGAAGGGGAAGACGCACAAUGUCCCCGGUGAAGGUGGAAAACACCGGCUCAUGGACAUGGGUAUACUCAAGCAGUCAAAGCUGCGGUCCAUCACCCUGGGGGGCCAUCUUAAGAAACGUCCAGCCAGCAUGGACCUUCUGCCGCUGCCUAGCCGCUGGUCUAACUCUGACCUUCGUUCUCAAGGCAGGCAGCUUCCCCAGAUCCCCUCUGGGACUGGAGAGGACAGCGAGCACACUUAUUCAGAAGUGGGCCAACGUUCCUCCACUGCACGUACUGACGAUGCCCUCUACGCCAUGGUAGGCAGGGCCGGGCAGACGGACACUCCGGCCCCUCCGGCCGUUCCCGCCAACACCCCGGCGCCCCCGGAUCCGGACGGCGAGGUGGACGGAGCGCUGCCCGAACCCGAGGCCCCGGUCAUGUCUCCCCCACACCCUCCGGAGACGGCGGAGUACGCCUGCGUCAGGAAGCUGAGGAAGGCUGAAAAGGCGCCUCAGAAGAGGGACAGUGGGACGGAUAUGGCAGAACCGCCUGCCCCACCUCCACGCCACGGACCGCCGUCGCAUCCCGCCCCCCCGCCGCCUCACCCCCACAGCACAAAGUUGCCUCGUAGAAACAUUGAGGCCUUCAAUGUCCCAUCAUUCCCAAAGGAAGUGAUGUUUAUGGGCAAUGGAGAGCAGUACAUCUGGAAGCCUCCGGAGGAUGAUGACGUGCUGAUGCUCCAGAAUAAAGCGCUGGGUCCCCUGGGAGCCCAUUUAGUGGAGAAUAUACAACCGUCUGCCGCAGUGGUGGCUGAGAUGUACUCCAAAGUGUGCAAACCUGGGAAGAAGAAGAGAGCGAUGCCGGGUUCUCCCCCGGCGAACCUCGGCUUCCGGACCUUGGGUCGAGGCGACCGGGACCGAGACGGUGGAUUCAGCGUUGUGGUCAAACCGCAGACAUGGGCCCCUCAAGAGGGCAAAGCGGUCGGGGGCUCCCUGGACGACCACUGCUACGAGUCCAUCGGCACGGAGGACUGCGACCCGGCGUACGACAACAUGGAAGGCGGGGGCGCCUGGAAGCGCGAGCGGCCUCCGAACACGUGUGCCACGCUGCGGCCGAGGAGGAAGAAAGCCCAGCAGCCCUUGCAGCAGCAGCACCCGCCGCCGCCGCCGCCCACGCAGCAGACGCCCAAGUUGCAACACCUUCCUGCCAAAGCCCUGCUGCUGCCGGGGGAGAACCUGUACGAGAGCAUCGGCGACCUGAAGCAGGGCUCCGCCACCUCCAGCACCACCACCAUCUUCACCUUCAACGACGGCAUGGAGAUGUACGUUACAGGGCUCUGAGGCAGCGGCUGCACUGUGACCCCCCUCUGAGCUGACACUGCUGGGUCCCAUCAUGCUCACCACACAUACUGUUUACAUUAAAGUCAUGACAUCAGGACUUUCAUAGGCGCCAGGCUGCAAAAACACUGCAUACUAACAAGUACUUUGCUCCAGUUUCUAGUGCAAAUAUCUUAGUACACUUGAAAUUAGGCAAAACAAACGUACAGGUAACUUUUCAGCAAGAUAGAGCAGCUUGUUUAAUGGCAAUAAUUAUUUUAAGGUGUCCUGACCUUACUGACCUAAAACAAGCUCCUACAUCUUUCUGAAAUGUUUCUUGUAAGUUAGUUUUUCUCACUUCAAGUGUAGUGAAAUAUUUGCACUGGAAACGAGAUCAAAAAGGUGUUUGGUAAGAUUUAGUGUUUUUGCAGUGCAGAGGCCUUGGGUGGUAAUGUUGAUCUGUUAUGACCUGGGCUGAAUACAAAGUCCUGUCUGCAAACCUUAAAGGAAUCCAAAGGUAGUGAAUAAUAAAUGAGCACAAGACCAUUGCAGAGUGAUCUGUAGGUAAACAGUAGCACUUCAGUUUUACUGAUACAUCUCUGCAAAGCACAAUGAAGUCAAAAGCCUAAAUUCUUCCUCAAUUCUAGCGGAUAAAAAUAGUUCCAUGUUCGGUCCGAGCUGGACCUCUAAUUGGGGAAAUAUUUUAGUAGCACUUAGUCUGUGGUGAACAGGCCUUCCCUGUAUAUUUGACCAGGAUAGAAAUCAAAUUAAAUAUUAAUCAAAACACUUGAAAGCUCAGGGACAAAGAAGAAAAACAAAUUAUAAAGAGCAUUAUCAUGAAAAAUUGCACAUUUUUGCAUUCCUCCUAAAAGCUUCGACAAAUUGAGACCAUUUUCACCUUAACAGAAAAAAAAGAAAAAAGCCAAUCGGAUUCUUCCCUCCAUGAAGUGUCACUCGACAUGGACUGAACACCGUCUCCACUGCUGUCUGUAUAUGAAGUGUUUUACUUUGUUGAUCCUGUUCCUGCACUUUGCCUGCUACGAGUUGCAUGCCUAAAAAAAAAAAAAAAAAGAAAAAACAAACAAACAAAAAACAAGCACUGUCAUGUGGUUUCUCUAUAUGAAUGUUUUUAUUUUCUUUGUAGUUGGUUGUUUACCGUUUUUGUUUAUUUUUACUGUGUUGCUUUAUUUCUCUGUGGAGCUCUAAGCCGGUUUGAUGAAGGAUGUGUUUGGCUUGGUGGUGUUUAGAUGCUCUGCUGCGGCCCAAAUGAAUCCAGGAGAACGGUCCGCGGCCCCCUCACGCCCCCCACUUCAACACGCCCCUGUCUGCUCAGUCACAUCUGUGGAUCAUCCCUGCCUUGUGGUCAUAGGAAUCCGCUUGGGUUUCCAU